AUGAUGCGGGCCGGACUUGCUGCCGUGCUGUGGGCUUGCUCUGCCAGCCUCUCCAGGUUCGCGGACGCCGCCAUAGUCGAAGCUUCCACCUUGGCAACCGUCACCGCGGUGGCAGAUCUGUACGACCCGAGCCUCAGCGCUGAGAACGGAUGCGAUCCGUCAGGAUGUGUCGCCGAGCUAACCAGAGAUGGCGACGUGACAUCUCUUGAAUCCCGCUGGUCAUGCCAGCCCGCCCUUGGCGAUGCCGGCUCGGAGUGUAGGAUCACAUACGGCCUCGGCAUCCAGUACCAGCUCUCCGCUGUGAACAUUGCGAUGUACAAGGGUGACGAGCGGACAAGGACCCUCGACAUCAGCAUCGACAACCUCCCGUACACUACCUGGACCAGCUCGGGCACGACCACUGGUUACGAAACCAUUGAACUGGAUACUAUGGCGCAAUGGAUCUCUGUUGUCGGUGUUCUCGAGGACUCCGAGUGGCUCAGCAUCAUGGAGGUAGAAAUUAUGAUCGAAGAUGGUGAGUCAGGCUCUGACGAUGGCGACACCACCGCGACCGACGCGGGUGAUGAUGACACCACGACCAGCACGUCUGCCGUAGAAGUUGGUUCCCUGGGUGCGGUGACGGUCGAGGCUUCCUUCUAUGACCCCAGCCUGACCGUCGAUGGUGGAUGCGACCCGAGCGGAUGCGUGGCUGACAACACGAGGGAUGGGGACCUUUCCACUGCAUCACGCUGGAGCUGCGCCCCCACGCUCGGCGGCGAAUGUACUAUUUCGUACGACCUUGGGACCGUGUAUGAGCUCGAUGAGCUCCGUCUAGCCAUGUACAAGGGCACUGAGAGGCAGGUAACUAUGGAGGUGAGGGUUGACGACACGCUUGUCACUACCUGGACCAGCUCCGGCACGACGGAUGACUUGGAGGCCAUCGAUUUGUCGGGCACUUCGGGCCAGACGGUGGAGAUCACGGGCGUCCUGGACGACUCGGAGUGGCUCAGCAUCGUCGAGGUGGAGAUCAUGGUCGAGGACGGUGAUCAAGGCUCGGGCGAUGACGACACCACGACCAACACAUCUGCUGUAGAAGCGAGUACUCUAGGCUCGGUGACGGUUGGGGCUUCCCUCUACGAUCCCAGCCUGGCCGUCGAUGGCGGAUGUGACCCGAGCGGUUGCGUUGCUGACAACACGAGGGAUGGAGACCUAUCCGCCGCAUCGCGCUGGAGCUGCGCCCCUAAGCUCGGCGGCGAAUGUUCUAUUUCGUACGACCUCGGGACCGCGUAUGAUCUCGAUGAGGUCCGCCUAGCCAUGUUCAAAGGCACUGAGAGGCAGGUGACAAUGGAGGUGCGGGUUGACGAUGCGCUUGUCAUUACCUGGACCAGUUCGGGCACGACGGAUGGCUUCGAGGCCAUCGAUAUGUCGGGCACAUCGGGGCAGGUAUUGGAGAUCACUGGUGUCCUGGACGACUCUGAGUGGCUCAGCAUCAUCGAGGCGGAAAUCAUGUUGCUGGAAGACGGAGCAAGCCCUACGCCGACAACUCCUACCCCGUCGCCCGCAACGCCCAGUCCUGCGACGGCUCAACCCGUCACGUCCACCACCGGAACUCUGCAGCCUGUGGGUCUUAUUCCCUUGGCCAGUACUGGCGGGACCAGCCUCGAGAAGUACCACAUCAAGGACGGGGACAUGUCGACUUCCUGGACCUGCUCCGGCGACCCUCAAGAGGCCGAUGACCCCUACUACGACUGCAUCCUCCAAUUCAACAUGUUCUCCCACCGCCACAUCAAGCAGGUCAAGAUCGCUCUGCCCGAUGGCGCCGAACGUGCCGUGGACAUGAGGAUUGCCGCCCCGUACGACGCUAGCUUUGGGGAGGUGUUCGUCACGAGUUCGGGGACCACGGACGGCUUCGAAACGUUCGAGUUCGACUACUUCACGGAUGUCGUCUCUAUCGCCGGAGUGUUCACAAGCGGCGGCCAGUCUAUCAGCAUCUCGGAGGUGGAGUUUGUCGAAGAGAUCCAAGACGGCGAAGUGUCCGUCGUCGACUUCGACGCGCCGUACGACAACGGGGACGGCCUGUGGACCGGCGCCACGACCGACGCCUUCGAGUGGUCUUCCGAGUCCGACGAGGCCAUGGACCGGACGUUGUCGUUCGUCCUCAACUCCUACGCUCUCAUGGAAGCCGUCGAGCUGCAGUUCCCCGUGGGAGAGACCUACAAGUUCGAAUUGACGCUCUACGACGACGGAGACGAGAUCGUGUCCACCUUUACCGGGUUGGAAAGUGUGGAUUCCGAAGGAUGGCAGCGCUUCGAACUUGGCACCAUCGACGAUCCGGUCACCGAGGUCACCAUCAUCAUGAAGGGGACGGGCUCGGGGGCGCCGGGGUUCAAGCUCGCGAACGCCCGCUUCUUGGGCACCGCAAUCGACAACCCCAGCAACACCUUCUACGUGGGCUCCACGUACGUUGAAAGCUGGAGAAGCGACAGGUACCCGGACUUCGUGGCUGAGGGCACCGGAGACCAGAAGGCCAUAAUGGGCGCUAUCUGUGCUGUGAAGAAGGCUUCUUUCGACGGUGUGGACUGUGUCGGCGGUGAUGACGCUGCCACGGGCGAGGUAAGCAUGCCCAUGGGCGAGUGGUUCGUGGACGGCAACAUCUUUAUGAAGUCGGGAGUCUACCUCGAUGCCAGUUUCUCCAUUGACGACUCCCCGUACACGACCGACAUCAUCCUUGAAGACGGGGCGGCGGGAAAGACGGACACUGCCGCCAUUAUCGUUAUGGACGGCAUAUCCGACGCACGGCUUUCAGAGGUGUGGAUCUACGGCCAUUACGACAGCGAGACCAGCAACGACACUCCCGCCGUGGAUGGCCUCGGGUCUGUAGGCCUCUCCAUUACGGGCUCCACGAACAUCACUUGCAGAUACGCCAGCGUCUACUCCAGCGACGGUGACGCCCUCGUCGUGCGCGACUCCGAAAUGGUCAACAUCGAUGCUGGGCCCUACGACGAGGAGUACCGUCCUUGGACUAUCGGCCAAAGCCGUGGCACUGGGAUAGUGGUCGACUCGUCGGACUCUGUCUGGAUUCGCCGCUACACUACAUCCGACAACGGCAUAGCCGGCAUCCACGUCUCGGGUUCCAACAACUUCACCUUCGAGGCCACAAUCGCCGACGAAUGCUGGACUGACGACUGUGUGCUCGAGGGCGAGGGCAACGUUGGAAGCCUGGACGGGCAGCAGCCUAUCGAGGUCAUCGUCGAGAGCUCCACUCUCGUCAAAUUCCAAGACAUGAAGGUCCAAUCCGUCAACGACCCGGUGAUGACUGUGUCCGGCAGCUCUGGGGUGUCGUUCGACAACUGCGGUUUCUCCAACGUCGAAAGUGGCACAUGCGUCAUUCAGACUGACGCCACCAGCGAGGUAACGACGGGUGAUGACCCGGAGCUCAGCCUCGACGGCACAUGCUACGUCAAGGUGUGAGAACGGACGACUAACAACGUCGCAGAGGGGAGACCGAAGCUCUCAUUUCGAUUGGCGCGCUUCAAAAGGGGAUUGGUUAAACCAGUUGAUGCUUCAAUGGGGGUUUGAUGUAUAGGAGGGUCCCUGUGCGCGUUGAAUGUACCCCUCCGUGUGUUUCUGUGUAGGUGCAACUACAUACUGUUGAAAUGUCCGUGUGAAAUGAUCAGCAUCGAUGGAUGCUGUCCUCUGCUAGAAGCACGCCUGGUAUGGAGCGUGUACAAGUAUAUUGGGAUCGAUGGUGUAUUGUAUGAAUAGAACCCACGGUACUUAUCAGCUGGUCGUCGUUCUACAACUGUGCAACCAUUUUUAAAUGAAGAAGUGGUAUUGCUUGUCGCUGAUGUACAUGCCAUCCUGGAGGAUUUCAUGGGGACGCCCUGAUUCGGACAGGAGUGAGUGUUGUUCGUCACACCGUCAAGCAGUCAAAGCCAAGCAGGCGCCAGUGGCACUUGAUUGCCCGCUGAGCUAAACUGGCUCGGCUUUUCUUGGUCGGUGCAAGGGGAUGGGGUAGUGUGAAGGAGUCCCUAGCAUGUGUACGUUCUCGAUAUGCGCCGUAUGUAGUAGCAUUAGGCGAUGUCUGUGACAGACAGACUAGAAAAUCGUUUUUUUCGAUGGUUAUUGUGAUGGCCGCACAUAGAAGUGUGUUGGUCGAAUCUCGGAAGAUGUGGUUCGGUCACGGCGCCAAUAUGCGCCUAGUGUAAGAUGUUGUCUUUCUUGCUUGUGAAGGGUCGUAGCGAAUACAAGGGCACGCGAUGAGAAUAUUUUGGGUCAGAUUUUU